CUCCGGCGGCGGCUCCGGCCCGCGAUGCCCCACUCCGUGACCCUGCGAGGCCCUUCGCCCUGGGGCUUCCGCCUGGUGGGCGGCCGGGAUUUCAGCGCGCCCCUCACCAUCUCCAGGGUCCAUGCUGGCAGCAAGGCCGCGCUGGCCGCCCUGUGCCCAGGAGACCUGAUUCAGGCCAUCAAUGGUGAGAACACAGAGCUUAUGACACACCUGGAGGCUCAGAACCGCAUCAAAGGCUGCCACGACCACCUCACACUCUCCGUGAGCAGGCCUGAGAACAAGAGCUGGCCCGGUUCUCCUGACGACAGAGCCCAAGCGCACAGGAUCCUGGUCGACCCCGAGGCCCAGGAUGGCAGUCCAGUGACCAGCAGGCGGUCCUCAGCUACUGGGAUUGGACUGGAGGAGAUCAGACCCAGCCUAGGAUCUCCAUAUGGACAGCCCCCUCGCCUUCCAGCUCCUCACAAUGGCAGUGAAGCUACCUUGCCAGCCCAGAUGAGCAACCUGCACGUGUCUCCACCCCCCAGCACUGAUCCAGCCAGGGGCUUCCCUCGGAGCCAGGACUGCAGGGUGGACCUGGGCUCGGAGGUGUACAGGAUGCUGAGGGAGCCCACAGAGCCCACAGCCACGGAGCCCAAGCAGUCAGGCUCCUUCCGUUACUUGCAGGGCAUGCUAGAGGCCGGAGAGGGUGGGGAGCGGUCUGGGCCUGGUGGACCCCGGAACCUCAAGCCAACGGCCAGCAAGCUUGGUGCUCCGCUGAGUGGCCUCCAGGGGUUGCCGGAGUGCACGCGCUGCGGUCACGGGAUUGUGGGCACCAUCGUCAAGGCGCGGGACAAGCUGUACCACCCCGAGUGUUUCAUGUGCACUGACUGUGGCCUGAACCUCAAGCAGCGUGGUUACUUCUUUCUGGAUGAGCGACUGUACUGUGAGAACCACGCCAAGGCACGGGUCAAGCCACCUGAAGGCUACGACGUGGUGGCUGUGUACCCCAACGCCAAGGUGGAGCUUGUCUGAGCUGUGAUCCUUGCCCCGCCCCCUGCUUCCUCUAAGGUUCCUGCGUGCCCCCUGUAAAUAGAUGUUUCUCCUGGCCUUCCUAAUAAAGUCCUUCUGCUUGCCCUGGAA